AUGCCCAUCCCGGUGCUAGGCCUCCGCGACCACUCCAAAGUGUUCAAAGACGGCAGCUGCCUCCUCACAGACAACAACUUCGUCCUGGUUGGAUCUUUCGUGGCCUUUUUCAUCCCGCUCACAAUCAUGAUGGUCACGUACUUCCUCACCAUCAAUGCUCUGCAGAACGAGGCCACUUUGUGCUUGGACCAACUCGUGCCACGACCCAAAUGGAGCACGACUUUCACGCUGAGCUUCUUACCUCAAGUAACAUCUAUUUCGUCAGAGAAGUUAUAUAGGCGAUCGAUUGUACGGGAAACUCGUAGCAAUAGCGUAUCUGGAGCUCUGUUCGGUCGUCGCACCAUGCAAUCCAUCAGCAACGAACAGAAAGCUUCGAAAGUUUUGGGGAUAGUGUUUUUCCUUUUUGUUAUCAUGUGGUGCCCAUUUUUCAUCACAAACGUUCUGGCCGUGGUUUGCGAUACGGAGGUUUGUAACCCUAGUUUGAUGGCCGGGCUUCUGAACGUCUUUGUUUGGGUUGGUUACUUGUCAUCCGCAGUCAAUCCGCUUGUAUACACACUGUUCAACAAGACCUAUCGUGCUGCUUUCUCGCGCUACAUCCAGUGUCGAUAUCAGCCGGAAAAGAAGCCGCUUCAGCUUAUUUUGGUAAACACAAUUCCUCCGUUGGCUUAUAACUCGACACAGUUGCCGUUGAGAGACAUCAGAAAGCUGCGCAACGGUGUGGUGACGUUCAGUGAUGCAAAGAACUUCACUUUACCGGGAAGAAGUCAAGGCGGCAGAAGUGAGAGCAGGGUCUAA